AUGGCAGCGACACUAGCGAAGGUCCUGUCGUUGGGGGAAAAAAUAAUUGCGAUACCUCUUUCUGAGUAUUUGACAGGCUGGCAGGCUACAGCAGUUGGCAUAUCUAUCAUUCCAAGCAUGUUUUCGGCAGCUGGUGCCUCAGUUUCGUUGGUUGUAUUAUUAUAUGCGAGUAUGUGGAGAAAAGAGACAAUUUUAAUCGUGGGCGUGGAAAAGAACUGCGAGGAAGAAUCAUCGUUUCGAUCCAAAACUCGACCUGUUGGCUCUACAAGAAUGCCUCCGUCUGUUUACCACACCAGUCCAUAA